AGAGGCGGCCGGGUCAGGGUGGCCUGCGGACGGCGCGGUGGUCGCGAGCCCCCCGCGCGCCCGCCCAGGAGCCACCACCGACAGGCCCCGCGCGCCGCGCCUCUGCCCCUCGCCCCGCCCCGCCCGCGCCGGCCGCGCCGCGUCAUGCCCCGCGCUCCCCGGAGCUAGAGUCCAGGCCGCGGUCCGCCCGCCCACCCACAGCCGCGCCCACUGCCCAGAGUCAGAGGGAUGGUGGUAGUCACGGGGCGGGAGCCAGACAGCCGUCGCCCGGACGGUGCCAUGUCCAGCUCCGACGCCGAAGAUGACUUCCUGGAGCCGGCCACCCCGACGGCCACGCAGGCGGGGCACGCGCUGCCCCUGCUGCCGCAGGAGUUUCCUGAGGUUGUCCCUCUCAACAUUGGAGGAGCACACUUCACUACACGCCUGUCCACCCUUCGGAGGUACGAAGACACCAUGCUGGCGGCCAUGUUCAGCGGGCGGCACUACAUCCCCACUGACGCUGAGGGCCGGUACUUUAUUGACCGUGAUGGUACACACUUUGGAGAUGUGCUGAAUUUCCUACGCUCGGGGGACCUGCCUCCCCGGGAUCGUGUGCGGGCUGUGCACAAAGAGGCCCAGUACUACGCCAUUGGGCCCCUCCUGGAGCAGCUGGAGAACAUGCAACCCCUGAAGGGGGAGAAGGUCCGCCAGGCGUUUCUGGGACUUAUGCCCUAUUACAAAGUGACAGGUGCUGUGUUCACCCCCAUAGACCAUUUGGAACGGAUCGUGGAGAUUGCCCGGCUGCGUGCAGUACAGCGGAAGGCCCGCUUCGCCAAGCUCAAGGUCUGUGUCUUCAAGGAGGAGAUGCCCAUCACCCCCUACGAGUGUCCGCUCCUCAACUCCCUGCGCUUCGAGCGGAGUGAGAGUGACGGGCAGCUCUUUGAGCACCACUGCGAAGUGGAUGUGUCCUUCGGGCCCUGGGAGGCUGUGGCCGAUGUGUAUGACCUGCUGCACUGCCUGGUCACGGACCUCUCAGCCCAAGGCCUCACUGUGGACCACCAGUGCAUUGGGGUGUGCGAUAAGCACCUCAUCAAUCACUACUACUGCAAACGCCCCAUCUAUGAGUUCAAGAUCACUUGGUGCAGGAAGAAAAUGAGUCUUAAAUCUGAACGACGAGGAAUUCAUGUGGAUCAGUCGGAACUCCUAUGCAAGAAAGGAUGUGGUUACUAUGGCAACCCUGCCUGGCAGGGUUUCUGCUCCAAGUGCUGGAGAGAGGAGUACCACAAAGCCAGGCAGAAGCAGAUUCAGGAGGAUUGGGAACUGGCAGAGCGGCUUCAACGCGAAGAAGAAGAGGCCUUUGCUAGCAGUCAGAGUAGCCAAGGUGCCCAGUCCCUCACAUUUUCUAAAUUUGAAGAAAAGAAAACCAAUGAGAAGACCCGCAAGGUCACCACAGUGAAGAAAUUCUUCAGUGCUUCUUCUAGGGUUGGAUCCAAGAAGGAAAUUCAGGAAACAAAAGCUCCUAGUCCUUCCAUACACCGGCAAGCCAGCAUUGAAACAGAUAGAGUGUCUAAAGAGUUUAUAGAAUUUCUCAAGACCUUUCAUAAGACGGGCCAAGAAAUCUAUAAGCAAACCAAGCUGUUUUUGGAAGCAAUGCAUUACAAAAGGGAGUUAAGCAUUGAGGAACAGUCGGAGUGUACUCAGGAUUUUUACCAGAAUGUGGCUGAAAGAAUGCAGACUCGUGGAAAAGUGCCUUCAGAAAGAGUUGAGAAGAUAAUGGAUCAAAUUGAAAAGUACAUUAUGACUCGGCUUUAUAAAUAUGUGUUCUGUCCAGAAACUACUGACGAUGAGAAGAAAGAUCUUGCUAUUCAAAAAAGAAUCAGAGCCCUGCACUGGGUUACACCUCAGAUGCUCUGUGUCCCUGUUAAUGAAGAAAUUUCAGAAGUGUCUGAUAUGGUGGUGAAAGCAAUUACAGAUAUCAUUGAAAUGGACUCAAAGCGUGUGCCUCGAGAUAAGCUGGCCUGCAUCACCAAGUGCAGCAAGCAUAUCUUCAACGCCAUCAAGAUCACUAAGAACGAGCCAGCCUCAGCCGACGACUUCUUACCCACCCUCAUCUAUAUUGUCUUGAAGGGCAACCCCCCACGCCUUCAGUCCAACAUCCAGUAUAUCACCCGCUUCUGCAACCCAAGUCGGUUGAUGACUGGAGAGGAUGGCUACUACUUCACCAAUCUGUGCUGUGCUGUGGCUUUCAUUGAGAAAUUAGAUGCUCAGUCUUUGAAUUUAAGUCAGGAAGAUUUUGAUCGGUAUAUGUCUGGCCAGACUUCUCCCAGGAAGCAAGAAUCAGAGAAUUGGUCUCCUGAUGCAUGUUUGGGUGUGAAGCAAAUGUAUAAGAACUUGGAUCUCCUGUCACAGCUGAAUGAACGACAGGAAAGGAUCAUGAAUGAAGCCAAAAAACUUGAAAAAGACCUAAUAGAUUGGACAGAUGGAAUUGCAAAAGAAGUCCAGGACAUUGUAGAGAAAUACCCACUUGAAAUUAAACCUCCAAACCAAUCUUUAGCAGCUAUUGACUCUGAAAAUGUUGAAAAUGAUAAACUUCCUCCACCACUGCAACCUCAAGUUUAUGCGGGAUGAUAAGAUAUACACACGCCAUAUUUACUGGGGCCUAACUUGUAGCUAGCCCUUCUGAUUGGGAUCCAGACUCUAACUUAAUUGCUUACAAAUGUCAGAGCAUCUUUAAAGGUACAGUUUAUGGGGGUUGUUCCAUUUUCCCUGGCAGGGGAAGCUUGGUAAAUAAUAAAAUACUAUUUAUUUGAGUUACUAAAACAUUGACUUAUGGCUUAAGUAAAAAUUUUUGUCAGUCUUUUUUAUUCUUAAUUUUCUGACAUGCUUCCUUGGUGGCAUUCACUAUAGUCUCAGUUUGGCUAAAUAAUUGAUAAUUGCCUCUUAAAAGAUGAGACAGAUGAAUGCUAGGAAUAUAUGUUUUAGGAAAUUAAAAGGUACUGCUUCUACAGUUUGAAGUAAUUUUAUAGUUGUAAAGAUAGAUGAUAUAUUGAUAAAUAUGUAAAAUUGUAAAUAUGUUUAAAAAAAAAAGAAUGUCUACCCUGCAUGGCAUUUCAUAUGCUGAUUUUUAGUUUAAAAUGAACGUACAUUGAAUGUUUACCUUUAACACCAUCUUUUUCUACUUGCCCCAUUAAAAUGAAUCUGGAAGUAUUUAGACAUAUUCCCCUUAAAAAUGUUGAAUUCACCUCGAACAGUAUGCUACCCCUAACUUUGAGGUCCUAUAUAGUCAGACUGUGACACUAUUAAGACUCAGAUUAAUUUUUUUUUAGGUCACAUAAAGUUACUAUUGAAUAGUCAGUUGAUGACUCUAAACUAUGGUCCUUGCACCUCUCUGCUCCACACGGCAAAUAUUUAUUGAGCUCAUUAACAGCAAGGAGCUGGCCCAGGAAGGAACAGGCCCCUGUGGAUGACAGCUGGCAGGGACUCCCAUAGCCAGAAAGCACAAGGAUACCUUUCUGCCUCCCUAGUGUAUUUUGAUUUUAUGGACCUCUUUCAGGGUUUCCUGGCCUCAGUACUGACAACAUUUGGGACCCAACAACUUUCUGUUGUGGAGGGUUGAUUCAGCUGCAGCCCUGGCCUCUACUCACUAGACACUAGUAGCGUCCUCUGCAGAUGCAAAGAAGUAUCUCCAGACAUCAAAUGCUACCCAUUAAGAACCACUGACUUACUUUGUAAGCAAGGGAAUCCCCCUGGUGGUUAAUGUGAUGCAACCACAGAGUGUUAUUCGGUGUGCAGUAUAAUGUUAACUGAUACCUCAUUCAGAUCGACUCAGCCACCGGCAGCAGGGGACCUUUUCUAGUCCUUAUGAAACUCUUCAGAAUCUACAUAUGCUACUGUGAUCUUCUCUCACUCGGCCAUUUCAACAGAGUCAGUGGAACACUAGUCCAGCCCAGAGCACCAUUCUUGAACAAGGUUACAUGACACUACUGGUUAGACUUCCUUUGCCUUUCUGGUAGCUUUCUAGUGAAACACCACCAAUUUUGUCAUGCAGUAAUUUUGGAAUAAAAAUAGGGUAAGGAAAAACCUUUUACCUCUCCCAAGUGAGCUAUAAACUCAUCAAGUUGACAUGCACAUUGUCACAAACCACCAAAGAUAUGAAGCAAUUAACUGGGACAGCUGAUCAGCAAGACCACACGUGAGUUAACUACUAGCAAAAGCCCAUGAGAAUGUACUCUUUAGCAACCUGAGCCCAGAUGAUUUGAGUGAAUAGCUUACUCCUUUUUUUUUUUUUCUUCCUUUUCUAUGUACAUUCUAGGUGCUAAUCCAGGUAUGUACACUCUUAAUUCUGGGAAUUUAUAAUUCUUUUACUCAAUGUAUAUGUUUGUUAAAUAAAAUGUGCAUAUCAGCCCCUACAAAA